GAAGUUAGUCAAAGACAUUCGACAUGGACAACAAGUUCAUAUAUUCAGUAGUAUCAGUGUUACUGACUUCAAAUAUAAUUAACGCUGAAAUAUUAAACGUGAACCUCGGCACAGACAGACCUAUUAAUGAAAUAGACAACAGAUUUUUAAGUUUCACAAUAGAUCCUAAGUACCUGUUUUUCUCCAGUGAAAAGUUUAAAAAUAAGCAAUGUCUGUGCAUAGCGUCGUCUCUGUCUCCGUCGUACAUCAGGGUCGCCGGGAGCUCCACCUCCAGCCUGACCUUCCUCAACUCUAGCAUCAUGAUACAACAGAGGAACACCGAUCACCAUCUGUUUAGUGAAGAAUCUGUCGAGGGUCAGAUAAUAAAAAUGAGACAAUCGGAUUGGAGGAGUUUUAUAAAGUGGGCAAAAAACUCGGGCUUCGACCUGGUGCUCGCAUUAAACAAUCAUCACAGGACUGGAGUCAUGUGGGAUGCCAACAUCGCCCUCGACAUGCUCACGGCAGCACAAAAACAACAAGUUGGGGAAAUGUUCUGGCAACUGGGUUACGAAUGUAGAAAUCAAACUAUUGAAGAAUAUCUUAACGAUUUGGAAACUCUCCGAGUUAUUGUGGAGACUUUCCCUUCUGGGAUGUCUAGGAAGUGGAAAGUAGUGGGAGCUGACGUCAGCAAAUGCCUAAAUGGAAACUCCAAGAACGACUUUAAGGAUUACGUCAUCACGUCCAACGAUAUGAUGGACGCCAUAUUUUUGGAUGGGAAUUCAACAUCGCGGGAGCUGUCAGCUAUGUCCCCUCGCGAAUACUCCAAACUACUUCAGCGCUUGAGCCGCAGCGACACUCCGCUGUGGGGGUCAUCUAAGGCCUCGUCUCCGAGAGACCGGCUGUCAUCUCUAGGGACAGCAGCAGCUAGCGGGUUCACUGUACAUUUCCAGGAGUUGAUGGAGGACGAGCUUUGUGAACCCUCAUUGAACCUCUAUACGUUCCUGUUAUUUAAGCACCUGGUCGGUACCCGUGUCCUCUCAGUCUCUGCCCCAGUUCCCACCCCCCUCGUAUCUCCUCCUGGUCUCUCCCUAUUUUGUCACUGCUCCUCACUCCGCGGUCGGCCGGUUCCAGGCGCGAUCACCGUCUACGGGGUCAACGACCAACAACAACACGCAGCCUUCACUCUCAAUAUCACACAACAUGAUGGAGACAUCCUGCAGUUCAUACUGGAACAUGAUAUGACAGGGAGUAUUAUUGUGAACGGUCGCCCAGCAACUCGCGAUGGUCACAUAAGACCAGUCAUCAAACUGGGUCGCUCAUAUAAACCUCUUGUAUUCACUCUGCCUCCUAAAUCCUUGGGUUUUUGGGUGCUCGCUAACGCACAAAUAACUGCAUGUUACAAUAAAACAACUAGACUUGAUUAUAAUGAAAUUAAUAGACGCUUCGAUGACGAAGAUAAUUUUAUUAAAACUAAAAGAUCUAUAAAAGAAAAUGAGGAUUUCAUUACUCAAGAGUCUGCCGAAAAAUCAGAUGGAUUUAGUUCAGUGCAGAAUAAUAUUGCUUUGAGAAAACGAAUUGAGGACAUUAACAGUGAACUCCGGAAAAUAUUUCAAAGCUUUGAUAAAAAAAAAUACAAUGCUAACCGAGUGAGACGAGAAAUGUGUGACGAUGAAAAUAAUACACGUAAAUCUAGAGCAUUGAGUAGAUUAAAAUCACGGAGAAGUUACGAGAAGGCACGAGGAAAUAAUGGUCUUGCAAAAAUUUCAAAGUUUUCCAAAGAUAAAGUAGGACGUAUAAAGAAUAAAUUAUCCAGACUACGGGAUACAAAAAGAAAUUCAGCUUCGAGGUCAACAAGAAAAACGGAAAAUAAAUAUAUCACGCAUAGAGAGAGCGACGGCGAACCGAAAACUAAAGAAAGUUCUUUAAAGAAUGAAAUUUUAGAUAACACGAAAAGUUCUGAUGAAAAGAAAACAAGGAAUCGUAGAAGUUUAUCCAAAAAUAAAUCAAACAGACACCUAGACGAAGAAGAAGACUCGUCGGAGAAUGAAAUAGAGAAUAGCAAAGAGAAAAUUAAAAUUGGUAAAUUAUUUAACAAUCUUAAGAAGUUAAGUGAACUGCCGAUAGAAAUACAGAGUAAAGACAAGUUGGAAGAUUAUAAAGACGACGGUUCAGAAGAAGGCAUCGUUUUAAAAACGAAGCUAUCAGAUGAUAGUGCGACCAUUGAUAUCACGGACAAAACCAAGUCAGGUCUCUUGAAAUCCGCGUUACAAGAUAUACUCUCCCUCUUCGCCGAUUUCAAUAAAAACAUUAACAGGCUAUGGACCGCCAUCACAAUACUUGAGUAAGGAUGUUAACAACAGAUUGUAACAUAAAAUUUUAGUUAA